CUUGUGACAGCUGUGUGCUGCUCUUGUUAGAAGAUCUCCAGAGGAUUGAAAGUGACUUCCCCGCCCUGGAACAUCAGUUGACAAGUCUCAACACCACCUCAAUUGCCUGGGCCCGCCUGCACAGCAUCAACGGCUCCAUGCAAGCCAUGACCAACCAAGUGCGCGAGUACCAGAGGUCUCUCUACAGGGUGAGGCAACAUGCCGAUGAACUGGAAGAGGAGAACACGGAUUUUGUUCAGGAUCUGAAUGCACUUCAGCACAAG